UGGAGCUCUGGGUCUUUUGUUAGGCCCGCCGUCUCUCCGUCAACCGACGACCAGUCCUCACAAUCACAGUCUGGCGCAAUCCGUUGCAUUUUCGAUGCGAUGUCGACGGUAUCACCACCAUCACCGGCGAGGACACUGUCAGGUCGGAACCUUGCAUGCUGGGCGGCAUCAGGCCCCGAGACUCUGACGAGACAGCCCGACAAAAUGCGAGGGACUUUGCGCAGCCACACGCCAAUAACAGCUCAUCCUGGUGCGCAAGGCGCAGUACGCAUCCUACAAGAAUUGAAUUACGCCUACUUGGUCAACUUAGAAGGGCGAGGCCUGUCUCAUUGUGGCGCAGUGCCAUGGAACGGGCUGAUCGGGAAUCCCGGAGUAAAGAUUACCUCUACUUCGCUGCGGCUGAGAGAACUUAUAUUUCUUGUAUAGCACGGUCGAACAAUGAAAAGAACACGUCUGUCAAUGCUACUAGUUCGUGGUCGCAUCAUCGUUGUGAUAUGAAGAGCCUGUGUAUUUCUGCGACGCUUCCACUUGUCGAGAGUUUCUGCGCCGAGAGUCUCCUACUGGGGAGAAUCCGCACCCAAUCUUUCACUAAUAUUCAACUUCCCCAGGCAUGCCGGCUCUGCCUGCCCGACAACUCGACCGGGGAGUGCUGCGUCUCGAGCUCCGACGGUGUCCAGUUUGAGUGUCCCUGCUGAUACUGCGGAUACUGCUGCUGCACCUGGGCGGGCCCUUUCUCGCUCCAGCCGUCCUUCGGCUGCUGCGGUCCUUCCAUCAUCCUGGCGACCACCGGGUUGUUCUCCCCGCUGCGCCGGCUCUUGAAGAACAUCCACCCGGCCGCAGCGCUCAC